GUCGGGGCUUGGCUGCAACCCUGCAUCGCAAUAAAUACAUUGAUGCGUCACCGUUCUCUAUCGCUGAAAGAAGAGCGACAUUUGGUUAAAUCGAGUUCACUUUGGAGAUCUAUACUUGAACCACGACAUAGGCCUUCAAAACAUUAUCGAUGGCAUCCAAUCUCACGCUGCAUCGAGUGACCACUCUCGAAGAGUUGGAACCGCUAUAUCACAUCGGAGCAGACGCCUUCGGAGAUGACCCAUGUAUGAACUGGUUCUACCCCGGAGGUCGCGACCAUCCCGAGGAUUUUGUUGUGCUAUGGAAGCACAUUCUGCAGAUGGAGUUCUUCGACAAGGGGAAGUUUAUUCUUGCGGCCACGAUCCAAGAUCACAACGAUGACACACGUCCGGGCAGAGUAGUAGGAUUUGCGGUAUGGGAACGAAAUGGGGUUUGCGAUGCAGCCAGGAGCUGGCAGGGGACUAGCCUUUCCAAAAAGCUGAAACGAGUAAAUGUCAACCUAAAGAUCGCUUAUACGUUUCAUCUGGACACACCGAAACGAUCCAUAUCCUGGCCAAAGCUGAACCACUAUCAACGUGAGCUCAAGUCAGCUAAGGCUAGUCAACCGACCGAGUCGUGGUACCUAAGCAUCUUGGCCGUCAGCUCAAAGGCCCAGGGCCAAGGCGUCGGAAGGAAGUUACUUCAAUGGGGAAUUGAUCGGUCGGAGGAAGAGCGUAUUCCAGCUACUUUGGUAGCAACUCACGCAGGCCUUCAUUUGUAUGAAAGUACGGGGUUUGAACGCACCGGUUGGUUGUUUUUUGAUGAUGAACGGCAGAAACAAACCAUCAUGCGGAGAGAUACAAGGUUGACUUGAUUCAUUUAUGGCUUAUACAAUAUUACACACGUGAACUAGACCCUCAAUUGUAUUCAUUUUUCU